GGAGGGAGGGGUAGAGGGAGAAAGGCAGAGUGCGAGCGGUAGGGAGAGAGAAGGAGAGAGACAGCAGAAGAGUAGAGUGGGAGAGAGAGAGAGAGAGGGUGAGCUAGCAAGCAAGAGAGAGAGAGAGAGAAACAGAUGAUCUGAAUCAAGGCUGGAUGUGCCUAUUUGCGCUAACUGUUGUCUGUUCCAAUGAGGACCCAUUUCUGCACUUAUCAACAGAAGACAAUUGAGAGAACUGCUGCUCACUGGAUUUUUUUGUUUUUUGCACUAUUCUCUGCAAACUCUAGAGACUGUUGUGCAUGAAAAUAACAGGAGAUCAGCAGUUUCUAAGGUGAGAGGUCAUACAGAGACGACCUUUGACCUCUGCUCGAGCGAUGCAAUGCCAAAGAGCUGCUUCUGCUCCCCGCGGUUCUCUCUCCCGAGAGGCUCCUGUCACCUAAUCGCCAGCCCUUUCCGGGGGGAUCCACAGGCGGCUGACCGGACGUCCAGAUGAGUUCCUCCCCGGGCCAGGGUAAGGAAUGCCUCCCGCCCAAAAAGAGGGAGUCGCGACAGGGCUCUGUGGAGCAGGGCCCCGCUGCAGACACCUUCAAGAGGCCCGCGGCCCCCUGGGAGAGGGCGGGGGGGCGGCGGGCGGAACAACGCUCGGAGCCGGGGGAGGAGCCGGCCAUGACUUCCUGUUACGGCGUCGACAUCCCCCCGCCCAUGACUCCGCCCAUGACCCCGCCCCUGCCCUCAGCCUCACCCAAAGCCCAGCCCUUACCUGCGCCUACCCCCAUGUACACCCUACCCUGGCACGUGCCCUACCCAGCCACCAUUGUCACCCCCUUCAUGUCCACUGCGAGUGCGGACUGGAGGGGACACAGUGCCGGCGGAGGGGACACCCUGGACUUGAGCUGGAGUCGUGCCCUCAACCUGCAGCACACAGGCAUGGCCGUCCCGUACAGGACGCAGUUCCCCACCGACUCGCCGGAUGUGUUCACCUGCCUCCCGCUCGGCCAGAGGAACUACAAUUCCCACAACCCCCAGAUCACGCACGCUCAGCACUUCCCGCGACCCCCCACGUACGCCAGGGAGCCUCCGCUCCGUGACAAGACCGGUCUCUCUGCGAGGAGGCCCAACGGGUUCGACCGGAGGGACGGCUGGAGCUCGCACGUUGGGAAGUCGUCGGACAGGCAGGGCAACGGGCGCCCUGGCUGGGGGACCCCGGAAAGCCCCCGGUGCGAAGGGAAGAGGAGUUCCCACGAAUACCAGCAGCCCCCCGCGCAGGCGUUCUCCGAGGACGCCACGGACACUCCCCUGCUGCAGGGUAAGGACCUGUGGGCAAAGCCCAGGCCUCCGCCUGCCAGGUCGUUGGAAAGCAGGGGCCUGGUGUACGAUUUCCCUGCGCCGUCCAGGCUGACAGGGCAUUACCCUCUAGCUCCCCCUUCCUGUGCUGGGCCACAACAGCGCCCUCUAGAGCAUGCAUGCCAUACGUUGCCGGCCCUCAGAGACAGUGAGCUCUCCCUCCUGGCGGAGAAGCGACACGCGGAGGUGUCGAGGUCACACAGUGAGGACCCGAACGGGAACUACCCUCGGCAGGACCCCCAGAGAACUUCCUGCCCGCCUCCCAGGGGUCCUGGCCCGAAGGCCAAGGCCGGAGGCGGCCUUCACCCGCCCCGCCCGCCGUCGCCCCCCGCCAGGCCCCCCGCACCGCUGCCCUUCUUCCGGAAGGGCUCUCUGAUCGAGCUGAGCGGCGGCCGGCUGAAGAGGGUGGAGGACCUGCAGACGGAGGACUUCCUCCACUGCCCUGAGCCCGGCCCCGACAUCCACCUCAGCUCCUGCACCGUGCUCAUGAUCUCCCCCUCCCCCCACCCCGCCUUCUCACGCCUGCAGGUCCUACUGCCUGACCACAGCACUCAGGAGUUACUUGAAGUCUUGCUGGAGUACCCGUUCUUCGUGCGCGACCGGGGCUGGUCCUCCUGCUGCCCGCGCAGAACGGCCCAGCUGUACGAGCUGCGCUGCCACCAGCUGCGCGUGGGAGACGUGUGCCUGGCGCUCACGCCCUCGCCCUCCCUGGGGGCCGCUGGGAAAGGCCGGGGCCGGGGAGGAGGGCCGGGCUCCGGGCUCAGGAACACGCCCGGCACGGCAGGGGGACAGGAGCCCAAGGCACCCUCUCCUCCUCCGGCUCCCCUCAGGGCGUCGCCACGGAAACGCAGGAGGCGCUGGUCAGCCCCCGAGCUCCAGGGAGCGGGAAUGAGCGCCGCAGGUUUACCUCACAGCCCCAAGCACAGGAGGCAGCAGUGACACGACUAACUGCCCCCACCAUGACCCCUCAACACUGCCCAAAGUGUGCAGCCAAUGGACUACAGCCCAGAACUCAUCUUUAAACUGAUAACGGUCUUGAACCUUUUUUUUUUUUUUGUAACAUUUCCAUUUUUGUAACAUCACCCUUUGCCAGCCAAUUCCUUUUAAAUUAAUUACACCUGAUGUAAUUGCGCAGCCUUGGUGCUCUCCACAAUAAAAUACAUUUUAAUAUGAUCAAACAGAUUGGGUCACAUUAAAAUAUUCUGAUUAAAACCAAGUAAUGGGAGAUGGGUUUUCUCCUUUAAAAUGAUUGUUAUGGGAGGGGGGAGGGGUGAGGGGGGGUUAUAACUAAAGUGAUUUAGUCAUUUUACUGAAAAGGCCAACGCUUCUGCAUCAGGUGCAAUCAAGCAAAAAGGAAUGGGCUGUAGAUGACUGAUUUGAUUCGCCUUGCUUGUUAAUUAUGGAAAAACAAUCCAAAGCAAGGUUCAGGGUUAAUUACUAAGUAGUUAAGCAGGUUCCUCCCUCAUAUCUGUGUGACUCUUUUCUGGACUCCAGUGAUGUCGUUGGUCAUUAGGAGACGGUGGAAGAGCAACGUAUUCUCAGGAUUGCGGCCUGUCGGAUAUUAAACAAAACAAUAUCGAACGGAAGAUUGUGGAAACCUGGAUUUGGGAGUGUUUCUUCACAAUGCAAUGCCAAGUAAUCAGACAUUUGUUCCCCAGCUGCCCAUGCCAGUCUAGAUGUGUCUCAGACUGGCAGAGAAUGAGACUUUUUAAAGCGUAUUGCACAGAAGGGCGCGACUGCCAGUGACUCAAACCAUUCGUGUUUACUUUCCCUAUUCCUUAGCCUGUUAAUAACGCCACUCGCAGAAUGUGUGUUUUUUAUUCUCAGUCAAAUUGAACUCUGGGAGAAAAAUAAUCAUAUUGUCCAAACAGUAUAGGUUUACUGGUGUUGGCUGUUAGGUAUGAUGCCAGACAGGACUUCGUCCUGUGAGAGGUAGCCGGGAUGUAGCAUGGAGGUCAUUGUCCCAUUACUAAAAUGUAGCGGCUAGGUUGCUUACCGCCGUUCUGCAAUAGAAUCAGUUUUGUGUCUGAAGUAUCAAACAAAACAGAUAGAUUGCACAGGCAAAGAAAAAAAUCACAUACAAUCAAUUUUGUUCCAGACUCAAUGGGUGACCUGUAGGGUAGUGGUUAAGGUACAUGACUGGGACCCGCAAGGUCGUUGGUUCGAUCCCCGGUGUAGCCACGAUCAAAUCCGCACAGCCGUUGGGCCCUUGAGCAAGGCCCUAAACCCUGCGUUGCUCCAGGGGAGAAUUGUCUCCUGCUUAUUCUAACCAACUGUACAUCGCUCUGGAUAAAUAAUGUAAUGGCGUUCUUGAAAUCAAUAUUUUACUGCGACAUUAAUGUCUUCCCUGGUGCAAAAUCCAGCUAUGCCAGCUUGACCAUCUUGAAAAUUGAGCUGGUCAAGCUGGUCAUAAUCUGGUCUAGCUGGGUAUGAGCUGGCCAACCAGCUAGUGCUGGUAGCUUGUCUGAGCUGGUAGCUGGUCAACCUGUUUUCAUCAAGGUUGCUCUGAAUCAGAAAUGGACGCAAUUUUGCUUGAUGAUUUUGAACCGAAUCUGAUUCCGCAGUAAGCCACAUAGCCUCUGCAUAAUAGGCAAACUACCGCCAUGCUAUAUCUGGACUACCUCCCACAGCCGGAGUCUGACACGGCGCCUACGUGAACCCCAUGGAGCUGUGCUGCCAGGGAUUCUGCGUUCUCCAUUCUCCACCUCAGAGAUUAAAUCAGGGGUUCCCUCAUGUCCCAGGGACCCAGUUAAUUCAGUCAUUAACUGGGGUUUUUCUAACCGAGGGAACAAGCAAGCAUUGACUCCAUGCAUUCUAUUUUCAGGUUGUAUCAGUCAUUUACUUUAAAUGAAGGCUUCUGUAUAACUAUGUUACAGAUGUAAACAUUACAGGUAAGGUGUGUAUACAUUGAAGGGAUUUGUUUAAAUUAAGUUUCCCUAAGCCCCUCAUCUGUAUUUGGACUCUUGCACUCGCAUGUUCAACUUGUGUGCGUGUCUGUGUGUGUGUGUGUGUGUCUUUGUGUGUGUGUGUGUGUGUGUGAGUGUAUGAGACCGACAGAUGUUACUCAACCACUGCUGUCCUCUUUAUUUAUUUUGCUGCACAUCAUGCUUCUGUCCUGACUGACUGGCCUCAAAACUGAUAAAGAUUUAUUUGACAAAAGCAAGAGAUGGUAGAGAAAAUAUGCUCUGUGCGUUUACGUGAGCCCGCAUAUGUGCAUCUGCAGGCACGUACGUGUGUUUGUGUGUGUGUGUGUGUGUGCAGGCACACGCGUGUGUGUAUGUGCUUGCAUGUUCGUGUGCAGGCACCCGUGUGUGUUUGUGUUUGCGUGUGGGUGUGUUCGUGUACAGUAUGUGUGCGUGUGGGUGUGUGUGCGUGUGUGUGUGCGUGUGCGUGCAUGUGUGUGUGCGUGCGUGUGCGUGUGUGUGUGUUUGUGUGCAGUAUGUGUGCGUGUGUGCGUGUGUGCGCGUGUGUGUGUGUGUUCGUGUACAGUAUGUGUGCGUGUGUAUGUGUGCGUGUGCGCACGUGCGUGUGGGUGCAUGUGUGUGCGUGUGUGUGUGUGCGUGCGUGUGGGUGCAUGUGUGUAUGAUGGCACCAGUCCCGCACCAUUGUUCUGUGACCUCACCUUCCCAGCAUCCAUGCUGCCCUCUCUCCCUGCGUCAGACCAUGGAUCACUCAUGAGUACAGUUGGCCCCCUCCUCAAAGUGCCCCAAAAGCAAAACAUGAAACAUUAGUUUUCCCACAUAGCCAGGGCUAAUGCGGGUGUCAGAGUAGUAACUGAUUUAGCACUUUAGUAAAUUUAACAAAUGUGUGUGUGCUGUGGUAGGAAUGAAUGCACCUAGCUGAGCCUAACCAGCUCGUUCCAGACAGAGCGAGGGGAUUCAGGACGUAUGGACAUAUGGGGGGGUUCAGGCUAUUUGUGAGGGUGUUUGAGAAUGCAGUGGGGAAGUGGUUCAGGGUGUAUGAGAAAUGUUGGGGUAUGUGGAUUGGAUUAAGGGGAGUGCUCUGUCUCUCAGGGUGAGGCACUUUGAUAACCGGUAAAAUGUAUGCAUAGUGUGCAGAAGUAUUCAGGGGUCGAGUAAGGGCACGAAAGAGCACCACAGUGGUACUGAAUAACACCGCUGUGACGCUAUCCCUCUCUGGUGAUUACCACCUUGGCUACUUCUAAGGAUUUGUGUUUCCACCUGACACUCAGCCUUGGCCAUACUCUUGCUUCAAUCCCCCCACCUGCUAACCUGGAUGCACAUCAAAAGCAGUGAAUGCUGAGCGACUGUUCCCCCCUGGGGCCCUCAGGAAACCAUCGCCAUCUGUAGGCCUCUUGCCUCCUUAGAUCACGUUCCGCAAUGGAAGUUGGCCUGGAUGUUUAUCCAUUAUAUUUAGCACAAAUUAGGGGCAUGUAUAUUUCGGCAUUGGAUAUCUGUCAGUACACCACAAAGACAGCCGUAGUGGGGUGAUGACAGCUCCAGCCGCUGGACUUAUGGCCCUCUCCUGAUGGCCAAAGAAGCCAAGUUAUACAUGAAGUGAUUGAAAAGUGAUGAAUAAUUUAAUGUCUGUUGGGCGUGAAGUACCUCUGGGAAAAAGCUCUGGUGGAGUAUGACUUGUUCUGAGAAGAUUCUGGAUAGUUGACCGAUGCACAACAUGGCUUUGCUUUCAGAACCUGAAUUGGCAGUAGGCCCUGGUUCAGCAGAGAAUAUGGUCUUUUGAACAGACAAUUCUGCUAUAUCCUUUUGACUAACUGUUAUCUGGCUAAGGCUGCUUUGUAGCCCCGUUAUUAGGCGGAACAGGAAGAAGUGUAAUUAGUAUCAAAAACAGAUGGUUUGAUUUAUUUUUAUGGAACAAAACUACCAGUGUAGUUUGGCAGUAUCUGGUUUUUAUUAAAUAACAUGGCUUCAUCUUCUUCAAAAGAGUCAUUUUAAAAUCCUGUCAAUGGAUAGAGAGGCAGAAAGCACACAUUUCCAUCUGCCCCCACCAAUUCAUCCACACAUCCCCUCCCACCCCCCCCUCCCUAUUAUUCUCCCUGUUUCUCAGUAAAUGUUAUCUAUUUCCUUACGUUUAUUUCUGUGGGUAUGUCUGCUUGAAUAAAUCUCAUUUUAUGAAAAAUAA